AUGAUAACAGUAAGAUUCCCGAGAUUUUUUUUUAAUCAUUACAUUGAUGAUCAAGUCAGCUACACCAUUCCGGAAGAAAUGGCGAAAGGCUUAUUAAUCGGCAACAUAGCACAUGAUUUAGGUUUGGAUGUAAAAAGACUAAAAUCAGGUAAAGCUCGUAUUUACACGGGAGAUAAUACAGAAUACAUCGAUCUUAAUAAAGAAAAGGGAGUCCUCCUUGUCAAUCAGAGAAUAGACAGAGAGACGAUAUGCGGACAGACGACACCUUGCGCUUUGCAUUUUCAGAUUAUUUUGGAAGGCCCCAUGGAAUUUUACAGUGUUACAGUUGAAAUUACGGAUAUAAAUGAUAAUUCUCCGGCUUUUGAAAAAUCCUAUAUGAAAUUCAAAAUAAGUGAAUCCGCUGUAACUGGAGCAAAAUUCUUGUUAGAGAGGGCAGUAGACCUUGAUGUUGGCAUCAAUGGUCUACAGAGCUAUUUUCUGACGAAAACCGACAAUUUCGUGCUCAACCUGAAAGUUCAGCCCGAUGGAGAAAAAAUACCGGAAAUGGUUUUACAGAGACCUCUUGACAGGGAAAAACAAGAAGAGAUGUCUCUAGUAUUAACUGCGGUAGACGGUGGGGAACCAAAGCUGUCUGGCACAGCACAGAUACACAUUACAGUGCUCGAUGCCAAUGACAAUGCGCCAGUUUUUACGAAACCUGUAUAUAAAGCAACAAUAACUGAGAAUGCUCCCAAAGGUACAGUUAUGACCAGAGUCAGUGCUUUCGAUGCAGAUAAAGGCUUAAAUUCUAAGUUAACAUUUUCGAUAUCGAGUACAGUUGCAGAAGUGCGGGACUUGUUUGAAAUGAAUGAAUUAAAUGGUGAUUUGAUGUUGAAAACAAGUGUGGAUUAUGAAAAAGCACGUAACUAUCAGAUACAUGUUCAGGCCAGUGACGAAGGAGGACUGACAGAUUCAUGUAAAAUAAUCGUUGACGUUUUAGACAUUAACGAUAACAAUCCAAUUAUCAAUAUAAUGUCACAAACCAACGUCAUACCGGAGAAUUCUGCAUCAGGAACGGUUGUCACCAUGGUAAAUGUUCAGGACUUAGAUUCCGGGGAAAAUGGAAAAGUCGACUGCACCAUGAAUGAAAACCUUCCUUUCAAAUUAAAGUCGACCUCAAGCAAUUUCUUUAGCCUGCUGACGGACAAUGAUUUAGACCGAGAGAGAGCCUCUGAGUACAAUAUCACAGUGACUUGCUCUGAUGAAGGAGUCCCCUCCCUCUCCAGCAGUGUCACUCUCACUUUACAGAUCUCAGAUGUGAACGACAACGCGCCUUUCUUUGAGAGGAGCUCAUACGAGGCCUACAUUGUAGAAAACAACACACCAGGCCUCUCUAUAUUCACAGUGAAAGCCGGAGACCCUGACUGGAACCAGAAUGCCCGUGUCUCUUACAUACUGGAGGACUCCUCGGUUAACGGAGUGCCCGUCUCCUCAUAUGUGUCUGUCAGUGCUGAUAGUGGAGUCAUCCAUGCAGUUCGCUCUUUUGACUACGAGCAGAUCAAAGAUUUCCAUUUUCGCGUAAAAGCGCAGGAUGGAGGUUCUCCUCCACUCAGUAGCAAUGUGAGUGUAAAAAUACUGAUCCAGGACCAGAACGACAACGCCCCUCAGGUUCUGUACCCAGUUCAGACUGGUGGCUCUCUGGUGGCUGAAAUGGUGCCUCGUUCAGCAGAGGUGGGCUAUCUGGUGACCAAAGUGGUUGCUGUUGAUGUGGACUCUGGCCAGAAUGCCUGGCUCUCCUAUAAACUGCAGAAAGCCACAGACAGGGCGCUGUUCGAAGUGGGCUUACAGAAUGGGGAAAUCAGAACUAUCCGCCAAGUCACUGAUAAAGAUGCUGUGAAACAACGGCUGACUGUUGUGGUGGAGGACAACGGCCAGCCCUCUCGUUCAGCUACAGUCAAUGUUAACGUGGCGGUGGCGGACAGCUUCCCUGAAGUGCUGUCGGAGUUAACUGACUUCACACAGGACAAGGAGUACAAUGACAACCUGACUUUUUACUUGGUCUUGGCUCUGGCUGUAGUUUCCUUUCUGUUCAUCACGUGCCUGGUGGUUAUUAUAUCAGUGAAAACCCAUAGGUGGAGACAGUCUCGCAUUCUUUAUCAGUCCAACCUGCCGGUGAUUCCAUAUUAUCCCCCUCGUUACUCAGACACUCUGGGAACAGGGACUCUCCCCCACGUGUACAAUUACGAGGUUUGCAGGACGACUGACUCCAGAAAGAGUGACUGUAAGUUCGGCAGAGCCGGUAGUCAGAACGUCCUAAUAAUGGAGCCCAGUUCAACAGGGACGAUGCAGCGGAUACAGAGUGACAAGAGCAUCCUGGAUGAACCAGACUCUCCUCUAGAGGUUUGUUAG